CAUCCUGCAUCGUCGUCUGUCGUCUGUCGUGUGCAAACGUGAGAGGUGCAUACCGGCAUACCUCACCCCGACUAUCGUAGUUGAUCAGAAGCAACGAGGGAGGCGUCAUGCGGCCUGCUAAGUCGGGGGGGUUCUUCAGCAAGAGGACCAUCUUCGCUUGUUCUGUGGCGUGCGUUUUCUGUGCCUAUGGAUGGAUAACGAGGGAAGUGUCUCUGGAGCUAUGGAUCAUGUCUCGCUUGUGCGAGACGGCCUAUUUCCGGACCAUUUUCAACCCGCCCCACUUCUCCGUAGCACCCCACGAGACUCCGGAGGAGGCCAUGAAAGCGAGAAAAGACGACGCCGCGAGGCUGAUGGCCAUGGGGACAAGGAUGCUGGCGGAAGACAUGGCAGAGGUGGAGGGUGGCUGUUCGGGACCGUGGAUGCGCACGAUAACAUAUCGAGAGACAUUGCCGAGGCGACGAGGAUGAUUGUCGUGUCGGUGGGAUACCGCCUGGCUCCGGAGGUGAAAUUUCCGGGACCGGUGAAGGACGGAGUGUCGGCCAUCAGGUGGGCGAAGAAGAACAUCUGGACCUUCGGGGGUGACCCACACCGCAUCGCGAUUGUCGGAGAGUCGAGCGGAGCGAAUCUUGCCAUCACAUCAGCCACGAGCACCUCGAGCCGGGAUCGUCGGGGGGGGGGGAGGGGGAGGAAAAAGGGGAAUGGGGGAACUACAAACGCUAAUAAAAAGCUACGAGCACGCCAUGAGCCACGAGCACCUCGAGCCGGGAUCGUCGGGGGGGGGGCAGGAGGAGGACGAUGGGGAGUGGCGGAGCUACAAGCGCUACUACAACGGGUACGGGCUGGAAGGGGGGCAGAUGACAGGGUACUGGGAGUGGUACCUCCGGAGCGAGAAGGAUGGAUGGCACCCGCUGGCGUCGCCCAUCAGGGCAAAGAAGUGGUUGUUGAAAGGCCUCCCGCCGGUGCUGCUGAUGCGAGCGGAGCACGAGGUGCUGUGGGACGAGAUCUUGGAGAUGGGGAGGAACAUUGCGGGCGCCGGGCUUUAGCGGCGGCGGGAGAGAGCGUUGGCAUGAAGGAAACUGCCUCGGCAUUCGAUAGGGAACUCCUCUCGCGGCGGCUUCGGUCAGGCUCCAAACGCGUGGUUUGACCACCGAGGGGGGGAUAACUGCCGCUGUGGGAACCAGACUGAGAAGACGUUUUUCCGUAGCAAUCGACAUCAAACCUCUACACACCCAGGUCAGCGCUGGCUGGCCUAGCGGUGUUGAUUUCUAUCGUAGAACCGCCAUCACGCGCUGAGCGUUUGACACUACAAUAAAGCAACGGGCAACCGCCCUUGAUUUUUGAGACAAAACCGCGUCCCCUAAUACGCACAACAAUAUAGGUUGUAGUAUCGGGCUCGUUCCCGACCACACUCUUGUGCUUUUAAAGUUUUGGGGCUCUCAAUGAGCCGUAGAAGGGUGCAUGCAGGAGACGCCACCGCGUUUGAGAACCUCUGCUAUUUCUGCCCGCGAGGUCGUUUUCUUUUUUCUCCCGUGUGGGGUCAAGCUCAACAGCGAUUGUAUAGGUUCUAGAAUGGAAGUCUUAAACAGAGUUCAUUUUUCUUGCGGUGUAGUGCCGUCGGUCUUUGUUUUUGUUUCGCUCGUUUUCGAGCGUCAAGUUCUGACCUCAAAUGUUCGUGUCCGGCAUAGUGCCAUAACAGUACCGGUUGAGAACCUGGGAGGUCAGAACUCGAGUACUUUGAUUCAUAACGUUCGGUACCUACUCAGUCACAUCCAGCCAUGCGUUUGUGGGUGUCAGGGUGGGAGCUGGUGCAUGCGUAAAGGGUUGGUCGGUGCGUCGGUCUUUCGCUGAUCUCUCGAUUUUUUCUUCAUGUUGUAUAUAUGGGGUGGAUCUGCCCAGAUAUUGUUCGGAGUGGUGUUCGUUUUCUUGUUCGUGGUCGUGGCAUCCUCUCCUUCCUGUUUUUGGCUCGACGUUGUGUGUUGCCUGACGUGACACCACUCACUCACUGUGAGAAAAAUUGUGUGACCCUUUUUCAUCUGUCGGUAUGCAUCUGACCUUUGCACACUUGCUGCGUGAUUCUCACUUCAGCCCCGGCUGCGUGUUGUUAGCGUUGAGUUGGGUUAGGGUAGGAUUUGGAUCCAAAUUUGUUCGUGGGUUUGAUCCAGCAGCAAGCAGUAGACAUGCUCAGGCAGCAGCGCCGACUCUGUGUGGGGCAUCUCUUCUUCGGGGGGGAGCAAGAUCUCCGAAGACAGACAGACCGACCUGACUCGCUGCUUGUCGUGGACCGGAAAUCUCCCGAACCCGAUAUAUGUAUGUACGUACAAGUACGUGGUUGAUGCAAACUCCAUGGGAGGGGGGGCUGUCCGUGGUUGAUGGUUUGAUGGACUAGCUUUUGACCCACAGAUACAUUCAUGGACAUGCGCUAAACCACCCUCGUAUAACUGCUGUAUGUACGUGUAGGGUGUGUGUGUGUGUGUGUGUUUUCGUUCUAUUUA